UGCCAGCAACAACUCCAUCCAUCCAUCCGUCCGGAGAAAUUUGAUAGGCCACAGCCAGAGUGUGGUGUCUGAAGGAUCUCUGAACUCCGAUCCUCCUACAACUUCCGCCGCCGCCGCCGCCGAAACAACCUACCUUUAUUGCUUUGCUUUGCUUGCACUUCGUUUGGCACUCGCACGGCCAAAUGUCCGCAGCGGCAGUAGUCUAUGUUUCAACUACAACUCCGACUUCCUCUGCAUCUAUAGACGCGGUUAGAAGUAAAAACUGCGUCGUGCUCCUUCAUAAAGCCUUUUCCUUGUCUUGCAGAAGAAACUCAUCUUCCUCCUCCUUUUCAUCAUCAUCAUAUUCAAGCCCAUCGUCCAUCAACAAAGUGUUCUUCAGAUUCCCAUAUGGGGUCCACAAGAGGAAUCCUUGUCUCACCGGAGUCAAGACCUUUUCCCCUGUUAUGGAAUGGCAGGAUUGCACGGUGAAGAUGGAAAUUGACGUGCCCACUUCAGUUGCCUAUAAUUGCUAUUCUGAUCGUGAAUCCAUUCCUCGUUGGAUUCCAUUCAUUUCAUCCGUUAAGAUUUUGGAAGAUAAGCCUGACCUAUCAAGAUGGUCAUUGAAGUAUAAAGCAUUUGGGCAAGAUAUUGAAUUCUCUUGGCUUGCUCGGAACAUGCAGCCUAUCCCAAAUCAGAAAAUCCACUGGAGAUCUAUGGAAGGUCUCCCUAACAGGGGAGCUGUACGAUUUUUUCCAAACGGUGCUUCAUCAUGCGUGGUAGAAGUGAGUCUGGUUGAAUCAAUUUCAUUAUUCGUUCAUCACCAAUGUGUUGCUUGCUGACUUUCCCUUUUAUGCCUCCUCUUUACGAAUUCUUGGUUCAUCUGUCGUCAUGGAUGAUCAUCCUUUUGAAUGUUUAUUACAUAGUCACAGUUCCCGUCGAUCAAGAGAUGGGUUUACUUGGAUAUGUGGGAAGGGAUGAUUAAAGUUAAACAUGACUAAUUUCCUGUAUUGUUGGUUGGCCUGCUGGUAAAAAUGAGGGGUAAUAUAAAGGCAAAGUAUAUUUUUCUUUCUUUGUUUUUGUUUUUUUUUUUGUCUUCCCACCUUGGAGUGGUUCAAAUCUACAUUAUUUCCCCUUACAGCUUAAUUUUUUUUUAAAUUUUCAGCUGACUGUUUCUUAUGAAGUUCCUCAAGUGUUGGUUCCAGUGGCAUCUGCACUGCAACCUUUUCUUGAAGGCUUACUUGCUAGAGGUUUAGAAAAUUUUGCAAAAUUUGCAAAAACCUACUCAGCUGACUCGGCCUAGGUAACUAAGCUAUUGAUUGAUGAACUGGGAAAAUGUCCCACCACUUUGGAUUGUAAGCAUCAUCAUCAUCUUUUGUGUAAAGGGAACCAAAAUCUCAAUUCUUUGAUCCAUUGAACAUGAAAUUGUUUCUGGUCUUCAUAAGCUGGUAUGGUACUACUUUAUUCUGAUUUCAAUUGC